CGGGGAAAUGCCCAAUAUCCUGUACAACCUGCAAGACAGCCGGGUCCCAAAGAACAUGUGCGAGGAGGACAUCAUGCAUGUGAUAGAUGCAGGACUCUACCUGAACUCUCCCUAUCCGCCCAUGCUGGGGAGGAAAAGGGGCAUCGACCUCAUCAUCUCCUUUGACUUCUCAUCUGGCGAUCCCUUUGAGACAGUGGAUGUUGCCAGUCGUUAUGCAAAAACAUGCAAGGUGCCUUUCCCCAAAAUCAACUUGGAAGGCACCGAUGACGACUGCCCAAAGUCCCUCCACAUUUUUGAGGAAAAGGGCAAACCCACGGUCAUCCACAUUCCUCUCUUCAACGUAGAUAACUGCAAAGACAGAGAGGGCGUUAAGAGAGAAAGGAAGGAGUACGCCACUUUUCAGCGACCCUACAGAGGCAUGGAGAAGAUCAAUCACCUGGCAGACCUGGCGGGUCAGAAUGUGAAGGUCAACAAAGAGGCCAUCUUGAAGGAGAUUCGCAAAGUGGCCAGAAAUUAGCUCAAUGACCAUGUGGACAAUAUCCAUGUGCCGAGCUGUCUCUCUUACACA